AUGGAAAAUCCAGCAAACCGGAGUCAGAGUCCAAAUGCCGUGGAGGAUAUGCUGGACGUAGAGAACAAGCGUAUGGCAGACAGCCUCGCCAGCAAGGUCACCAGGCUGAAGUCGCUGGCUCUGGAUAUUGACAAAGAUGCUGACGACCAAAACCGUUACCUGGAUGGCAUGGAUUCGGAUUUUAUGAGCGUGACUGGCCUGCUAACUGGCAGUGUGAAGCGUUUCUCCACCAUGACACGGUCCGGGAGGGAUAAUCGCAAGUUGCUUGUUAUUUUCUUCAUCCUCUACUAUCUUGUGUCCAAAGCAGGGACUUGA